UGUUGGUGAUUUUUUUUCCUGUUUGAUGUUGUGUUAUUAGCAUCAUCAUAUCCUUGGUGCAUGAAAAUUCAAACGAUUCUUUGAUUGUGUGAAUGAUCGUCGAUUGCUGCUAUGGACAAAAAAAACUUUCAUUAUCGAGUAAUCGUCAUAUUGCUGAUUUGGUGAUAAAAAUCAUCACUGAAAAAAAACAUUGAAUUUUAAUGUGAUUUUUGUUUCUUGACCAAUUAAUAUUUUUUAGCAUCAGACAUUAAAGUUUAAAAUUUUUUUUUUGUUUGCUAUUGAAUUAAACAUUUUAUCUUUUUCAAAACUGGCUCAUUCAAUUUCAUGUUUGUCUUUGGUUUUUUUUAUUUUUUCGUUUUAUUAUUCAAAACUCUUUUAAUCUUGUCAAGAUUUGAGAUUUUUUUUUCAUCAUUAAUUAUCAUCAUCAUCAUCAUCAUCAUCAUCAUCAUUAUAAUCGAGAUCAAGAUCAAAGAUUCAAGCAACUAACAAAAUAAAUGAUAUUGAAAAUGUUUGCAACAGAAAUUACCUCAUCAACAAAAAUGCCAACAUAAAUUUCCUCUUAGACAUUUGAUAACCGGUCAUUAUGAAUCCAAUUCGUCAAAAGCAACCUUUUACUUCAAUACCAAUACCCCCACCACCACCACCGCCGCCGCCACCCCCGGCAACUUUUUUAUCAACUAAAAAAUCAAAUUUAGUUGUCCAUUUAUCCACGCCAACACCAUCACCGCCACCAUUAUCGAUGCGUACAAAAACACAAUCACAAACAUCAUCAUCAUCAACAUCAGUAAUGCCGAACAAUAGGACAAGAUCACGUGUAGAAUUUUCUGCUAAUCAAUUUAAUCGAAAUUUUCAAAAUUCUCAUCACCAUCAACAACGAUACAAUAAUCAUGAUAGUAAUCCAAAUAAAAAGGAUUAUUUUUUUACACAACCAUAUUAUCCCUAUUAUUAUCGGCAAUAUUAUCUCAAUAAUUUUGGUGGUAUCGGUGUUGGUGGUAAAUAUCAUAUUGCACCUGGUUAUAAUAGUUUAAUAGGUAAUGGUGUUGUUGGUGGUCAUAAAAGUCAUAUAACAUUACCACCAUCAUCAUUAUUUUCAAUGAAUCGUAUGAUUGGUAUUCAUCAUCAAAAACAGCCACUACCAUCACCAAUGUCGUCAUCACAACCGGCAAUUAUAUCGACAAAAAAAUUAAAACAACAAAAAAAGAAAAAACUAAAAAAAUAUGGUAAAAAAACUACCAAAACAAAACAAAAAAGUUCAUCAUCAUCAAUGGCCACAAUGAUUAUGAAUGGUGUGGCCAUUCCAUCAUUGGCUCGUAAUGGUGGACCAACGGCCAAAUUUCUAAUCAAACCACCAAUGAAUGAUGAAACAAAUUUACAUUCUAAUCAUCAUCAUAAUCAAAAGAAUGAUGAUGUCGAUGGUGAACUAACGCAAAAUAUCAAUAUUGAACAUAAUCCAAAUAAAAAUAUUGAUAAUAAUCAUCAUUAUCAUUUACAUAUUCCCGGUCAUAAUUCAUCGCCAUCGGAUUUAAUUUUUGGUUUCAAUGCUGGUGAUAAAAAUGAUGUGGCCAAAAUGAAUCCAAAUGAUCAACAAAGACCACAGCGAAAAAAAAAAUAUUCAAUACAAAAUAAUGGCAAUGCCAUUGAACAAAAUGACAAUGGUAUCGGUGUUGGUAUUGUACCAUUAUUAAAUAGACAUGAUUCAAAUAUGACAACAGUGCCAUCAUGUACCAUAUCGAUAAAUAAUGGUGGCCAUAAUAAUCAACAAAGUGAUCAAAAAUCUACCCUUUCUAAUCAUCAUCAUCAUCAUCAUCAUAAUCAUCGAUUUCAUCAAUUUUUUGGUUCAUCAUCAUCAUCGUCAUCUACACCAACCACGACGACGACGACGACAGAAACAACAUUAUCAUCAAAUCUAUCAUUAAAUGGUCAUAGGAAAAAAUCCUGGAAAAUGAUAUUGUGUUCAUGGAUCUUGACAAUAUUGGCCAUAUUGAUUAUUAUUGGUAUCUCAUUUGUAUGUGGAUUUUUGGCUGCACAAUAUAUCUACAAAUAUCACUGUGAUGUAUCAUCAAUCUCAUCGGAAAAAAAUCAUUUAAUCUCAUUAAAUAAUCAGCCAUCAUCACAAGAGAAUGAUGGCCAAAAUCAACGUAUUGGACGUUUCAAUCGAUUUGGUCAUAUAUGGUCAUAUACGUCGAAAACGCCGGAAAAUAAUGUUAGCAGUAAUAUUGAAAAUAGUACAUUGAAUAUUAAUACGACAACAGUAAAACCCAUUGCAAUGGUCAUCUAUAGUGUUGAUUCGAUCAAUGAUGAUCGAAAUGAUUCAAUUACAGAACAUUAUAAUGACGAUAAAAUUGUGCCAAUUAUCAAUCAAAAUUUUACAACAACGACCGAAUCAAAUAUUGAUAAAGAUUCAAAUCGAACUCGAAAUUUUGAACAACAAAAUCCAAUCAGUGGUCAACCAUUCACUUCGGAAACACCUUUACCAUUUACUACUGCACCGUCAUCGAAUGAAGAAGAAAAAAUGACUGAAAACAAUGAUGAAAAUACAACACCCAGAUCGAAAACUUUAUCACCUUCGUCAUCGCCAUCAACAACGCCACCAACAGCAACCGAGAUGACUACAACUACCAGUGAAUCUUCGAAUUUUUUAUCCACAUUAAUCGAUGAAUAUAAUCAAGUAUUGAAUGAUUCAAUAAAACAGACUAGCCAUGAAGCCGGUGAUGUUUUUUAUCCUAUAUUCAAUUUUUCAUCCACACCUACCGCCAAUAUGACAUCAAUGGAAUUUUUAGAAUCAAAUAAAACGGAAAUUAUUUCCAAUGAACAAAUUCUCAAUUCAACCAUUUUUGAUGAUGAUUCUAAUAUUCUAACGACAACAUUGGCUCCGCCAACAUCAACAGAAUUGGUGUUCAAUUCAACAAAAGAGAUACAUAAUAUAUUAUUAAAUUAAAUAAAUAGUUUU